GGGUGUCCCUUUCAAUAUUGCCAAUAAAGUUGCCGAAAAGGAGGACGGGAAGAGGAAACUGACCGAGGGGCAGGAAGAGAGUUAAAGGGCUAUGAGGAAAGGGACAGAACUGGAAGGCAGAUGAUUUGGGUCUGCAGAGAUUCCCAGGUGACUUCCGGAGUUCCACCAGCCCCCACCCUGUCCUUGUCCCCUGAAUUCAGGGUCUUCGUCCGAGGAGAGCAGCUCCACUUUAAAUGCUCCCUCCCAGGAGGCGUGAGAGCAAGGCGGUUCCUCUUCUAUAAAGAGGCUGCAGAUGGUCAAUGGGAGCAGAUAAGGGAACAGUCAGGAAACACCUUGGAGGUCUCCACAGAGCAUCUGAGGCCAAGAGAAGAAUUUGGCUGCUCUUACCAGGAAGAAAAUGGCACAGAAUUCCAGUCUGCACAGAGUAACGUGGUGGUGCUCUCAGUCACUGACCCUCCUCCUUCUCCAGUCUUCUCUGUGACCCCAAAGCAAGAUGUCUACACCAGUGGGGAAUCCGUAGAUCUCACCUGCUCAGCUCCCGAUAAGCAUAAGCACCGGACGUCAAGGAUCUUGUACUUCAAGAAUGGAGGGCAGCUUCAUCUCAGCAACCCCCCUCCCUCUUUGGUCACCCUGCGCCUAUCUCCACAAGAUGCUGGAAAUUACUACUGCAGCUACCAAGUUCUGGAAUCUGGGCGAGAGGUCCUCUCCUUGGAAAGCAACUCUACCUUUGUUUCAGUGAUGACAGAAUCGUUGCUUCUCCCCUUGGCCAUUGGAUGCGGUGGAGGAGGAGCCCUCGUUCUCCUGGUGCUUCUUGCCUGCCUUUACAAGAGGAAGCCGAAAGCAGGUGAAGCUUCUCCCCAUCAUUUUAUCCCCAUACCAGGAAAAGCCUCGCCAGUCUACACAGGGAACAAAGGAAGAGUCCAGCUCUACAGGGAGAAAAUGAGUCAUCGCCACCUGUGGGCUGCAACUCAGGGAUCCUUCCUCAAUCCAAAAUUCAGGAUUCAAAAGUUGGGGAUCCAUCAAAGGAGGAGGGUGAUAAAGGUGCUGAUUCUGGAGCUGAGUUUGAAUUCCCGGAAAUUACUCCGACUUACACGCUUCUUGGUUCCACCAGCUCCACUUCCUUCCAUGUCAAAAAUGGGAGCUCCACAAAGGAGGAACACAUCUAUAGUGAAAUUUCGCUAUAGCCUCUUCCGCCUGUUCUUUCUUCUCACCCCCACUGGAAAAAUAAUACCUCAUACAUCCCCUUCUGACCACCACCCCAUCUCCCCCUAGGAUUAGAGUCUAAAAACUAUUCUUCCUCCAGCUCCUGCCUGGAAAUUCCAGUCUAAAUAUUUAAUUAAAUUAUUUUAAUUAA